AUGGGAGACGUCGUGGUCGAGAAUCCAGCAUCGCCUGUGCCGCCUUACAGAAAGUCUACGCCAGCAGACGCUAUUCCCAAUAUCGAUUCUCUGGAAGGGAUUGGAAAUGAUGAUGGCGAUGACUAUGCCACUCUCAAGAGAUUACAACGGCAUCUAGAAUACAUAAACCUCCAAGAGGAAUACAUCAAGGAUGAGCAGAGGAGUUUGAAGCGUGAACUUGUUCGAGCUCAAGAAGAGAUCAAGCGGAUACAAAGUGUUCCUCUGGUCAUCGGCCAGUUCAUGGAGGCUAUCGACCAAAACACUGGUAUCGUACAGUCAUCAACAGGCUCAAAUUAUGUCGUCCGGAUCCUAUCUACUCUUGAUCGCGAACUGUUGAAGCCAUCCUCAUCCGUCGCCCUACAUCGACAUUCGAAUUCCCUUGUUGACAUACUUCCACCUGAAGCUGAUUCUUCUAUUGCCAUGCUUGGCGUCGAUGAGAAGCCAGAUGUCACAUAUGCAGAUGUGGGAGGGCUCGAUAUGCAGAAGCAAGAAAUUAGAGAAGCCGUAGAACUACCACUAACGCAAUUCGAUUUAUACAAGCAAAUCGGGAUCGAUCCUCCCCGCGGUGUACUGCUAUAUGGACCCCCUGGAACUGGUAAAACCAUGCUUGUCAAAGCAGUAGCCAACAGCACAACAGCCAACUUCAUCCGCGUUGUCGGCUCCGAAUUCGUCCAAAAGUACCUAGGUGAAGGCCCUCGAAUGGUCCGCGACGUGUUCCGCAUGGCCCGCGAGAACUCACCAGCUAUCAUCUUCAUCGACGAAAUCGACGCUAUUGCCACGAAGCGAUUUGACGCGCAAACCGGCGCAGACCGCGAGGUGCAGCGUAUCCUGCUUGAACUGCUAAAUCAAAUGGAUGGCUUCGACCAGACAAGCAACGUAAAAGUCAUCAUGGCGACCAACCGCGCUGACACGCUCGAUCCUGCUCUUCUGCGCCCCGGUCGUCUUGAUCGUAAGAUCGAGUUUCCGUCUCUCCGUGACAGACGGGAGCGCCGGUUGAUAUUCAGCACCAUCGCGUCCAAAAUGUCUCUGUCGCCUGAGGUGGAUCUGGACUCUCUGAUCGUACGGAAUGAUCCGCUGUCUGGCGCUGUUAUUGCGGCUAUCAUGCAGGAGGCCGGUCUGCGGGCAGUUCGCAAGAACAGAUACAAUAUCAUCCAGUCGGACUUGGAAGAUGCUUACUCAAGCCAGGUCAAGGGAGCCCAGGAUGCUGAUAAAUUCGACUUCUACCGCUAA